UUAGCUGACAACGAAAACGAUGCGUGCGCUUCAAUGGGGGCAGAAGUUAGUGUGUUGUUGUGAUUCUGGUUGGCCAGAUAGCAACAAUGAGAAGAGGCUGCCAUCUGGGGCAUCGUAGGUGGCUCAUUUCAGCUAGUUUAAUCUUCUUCUUGAUACAAUGUCUUGUGUUGAGGUGUUUUGACUGAUGCAAUGUCUAUGCUAAUGUGACUAAAAAUGUACUAGCUAACUAAUGAACAAUGUAACUAUGUAUUUGAGAGACAAGUGCUCAUUGUGCAAUUCUAUUUAUGUUUUCAAUAAACAUUGGAGACAAAAUAUAGUUUACAUGUUGUCAACAAUCUAAGCCAACCCUGUCUGUUUUGCCCAAUAGUCCGCCACAGUGGACGGGUCAUAAUACCCAUAAAACCUAGCGGUAAAAUAUGGAAAUAGAUUCAUACAUUUUUCCCCAUCAUGAAUUUUGCAAACACUUUAAACAGUGUGUGUGUUUGGUGUACGCACCUUGCUGUGACGUUUUGAUAACCGUUUAAUUCAAGACCUUAUGGCAUUUUUCAAGGAUAAUCAUAGAGCAUUAAAAGGGGAGAAAACCACUAUAAACCUGGCUAUGUGGAGAAGUACAGCCAGCCAGAGUGAGGAACAACUUACCAGUUUGGUCAGGUCCAUGAGGGAUACAGUUUAUCCUGUGUUGAUGACCUGCGUGUGUCAUAGUUUCAGAACAAGAGACACAUCUUCAAAGGCACAAACCACAAUUGUCUGUCUCAAGCUUCACAUCUCACCAGGGCCAUGAUGACCUGGAUGAGACUGCAGGAUCGAGGCAAAGAGAUGGACUGAUUCAUCCUCUCGAGUCAAGAGUGUGUUUACUGCGGGAACACAUUGUUUGCUGUAUGGGCAAGGUUAUGUAAUCUUUAUUUAUGAAUGGAUGGUGGAAAAAUGAUUGUAACCAUUUCCGUGUUUGACCACUAGGUUUUAUGGGUAUUAUGACUCAUACUGUGGUAGACCAAUGCAUUAUGGUGCGUUCAAGACAACUGGGAACUCCGAAAAAUACAAGUUGAAAUCAUGACGUCAGUGAUCUUCAGGUCAGAAAGUCGGAGCUCUAGAAAGAGGCCAGAUUUCUCGAGUUGGAAUUCCGAGUUGAAUGACUGUUCAAAAUUAUUUUUCCCAGUCAUUGCUAGUUUUUUUUCCCGCAAGUUCCCAGUUGUCUUGAACACACUGAAGUUGGAAGUCUGAGAUUUCUGAGUGCCCAGUUGUUUUGAACGUGGCAUUAGCAGUUGGGUCUGUAUAUAAACCCUGGCUUGCUGUUGCUAUGUAUUGGACAAUGAGAGAGGCUUUGAAAGCACCGGUUAGCCAUAUUGGCACUCCUCAGAAGAAGCAGUCCUUCAUAGGAAUUAAUUGAAUUCUACAGUAUUUUAAUUAAAUAGUUCAAGGACAAAAUUACAUGUAUGUAACUCAGAAAAUAUCAUUUAAAAGUAUGCAUUAAGGUGUCUGUAAUAGAAUAAACAUGGCAAAACAAAUGUAGACAGGAAUAAAUGAAUUUCUAUAGCUUCCAAAAUAUUUUUUACAAUGGUGGUGGAGUGACAAGAUGGUCUGGUCUGCUCAGCUAGUUAAUUGACUAUACAGCAUAUGAAACAGGGGGGGGGAAAGGAGCGAGUGAGAUGUUUUGCUUGCUCUUCCAUCUCUAGUGACGCUACGGGAUGUGUUUGAGAGCAUCCCAUCUGCGCAGUGCUGCGCAAGAGUUUGACAUCAUAAACGAUCUCUGUUUGCAUUGUGCAGUGUUAUAAGUUGUAGGUUUAAGGCAGCCCCACAUCCCUUUCACUUCUUGUAAGAAAACUGCAUAUUGCACUACACUCAGAACAACUUUCCGGCGUCACAUUUUACCUCGCCUCUCAAGAUGACGACUCCUCAGUAUGACCUGUCAAACACGCUCCCUCCCCACACACUGACCCGGCUGGCACGAGAGUGGCUGGCAGAGGACACACCAAACUUUGACCCUGCAGGGCUGUGUGUGGGGUCACAUGAGGUCGAGGCCAGGUUGUUGUGCAAAACGCCGUGCAGCGUGCUGGCGGGCAGGCCUUUCUUCACUGCGGUCUUCACUGAGCUCAGCUGCACUGUGGAAUGGACACACAAAGAGGGAGCACAGCUGGGUCCGGAUGCAGUGGCCCAGACUGCUGUGGUCAGAGGCCCAGCAAGGUGCGUCCUCCUCGGGGAGAGACCGGCCCUCAACUGCCUGGCCCGGGCCUCGGGGAUAGCCACCCGCUGCUCCCAGCUACAGAGCGUCGCCAGGGAGGCAGGCUGGCAUGGCCAUGUGGCUGGCACGCGUAAAACCACCCCUGGGUUCCGGCUGGUGGAGAAGUAUGCCAUGCUGGUGGGCGGCGUGUCCAUGCACAGACAGGACCUGAGUGGGAUGGUGAUGCUGAAAGACAAUCAUAUAUGGGCAUCAGGGAGCAUCACACAGGCGGUGAAGGACGCCCGCUCGGUGUGUGGCUUCAGCAGUAAGAUCGAGGUGGAGUGCGGCAGCCGGGAGGAGGGCAGUGAGGCGGCCACGGCAGGAGCCGACAUCGUCAUGCUGGACAACUUUAAGCCACAGGAACUCCAUGCGGCAGCCCAGCUUCUGAAGGAGGAGUUCCCGUCUGUGCUAAUCGAGGCCAGUGGAGGGGUGACCCCAGACUCCCUGCCCCAGUAUCUCUCCCCCCAUGUGGACAUCAUCUCUCUGGGCUGCAUAACCCAGGGCUGCCCCGUGGUAGACUUCUCCCUCAAGGUUCAAAAGCCUGUUGCCUUUCCAAUAAUUUUCGAAUCACAGUAACUGUGGCAAUUCAGGAUCUUUGUUAAUAAAGUGAAAAUAAAAAGCAACGGUCAAUUUCCUCACUUUUGAUCCUGGAGAUGAUCAAGAGAAGAAAUAAAAUCCAGGAAUGUUACAUGAGAUUUAAAACUGACAUUCAGAGAUGGUGACUGUAUAAUUUCUAUGAUGCGUACAACUAAUUUAGAAAUCAUUAUUAAAACUGUGAAGUAA